CAAAGGUAAUAAAUUAUUUUAUACAUUUUAACAACAAGAACGUAACUAAUUCUAUACUGUAAAAAUAAAGAAAAUUAAUGAGGUUAUUCCAAUAUACAGGACGAGUUUUGGAGAACUGGUCUUUCAUUAAGCAAUUGCAAAGCUUUCCUCGUGCAUCAUUUUAUUUUUAUAGUGUAAGAAAGAAUUAAGAUGAAAGCAAUACAUGUAAACUGAAAUUGAAACAACCUAUGAUUAUGCUUUUUUUGUGCUUUCUUGUUACAACUUAAUACUACAAGUUAAUACUACAGGUGGUUCUGUUAUCAUCCACAGGUCUAUGUUGUAUACAGUGGACCAUGAAAGUACAGGAUAGGGUCAAUGGCAGUUUGGGACAAAAUGUGAUUCUCCCCUGCAUCUUCACACACCCAAAACAAAAUAGUUACACUGGUGACAUCAUUAUUAAAUGGAUUAAGGACAACAAAAAUGAACCGAUUUUUCAGUGCAAUUUUCAUAACAAGACAAGAGAAGACGGUAACUGUAUUGAUUCAACACCUUCAAAGCGACUCUUGCUUCAAGGUAACCACAGAAAAGGAGACAUUUCCUUAAGGAUCAAUAAUUUACAGUUUACUGAUGCCUCACAAUACACCUGUAGGGUGGAACUGGAUUAUGAUAUGUUUAACAAAUACACAAAGCUUGACGUCAAUGCUCCAGCACAAAUCCUUAGCCUAGACCUGGAAUUGCAGGCUCUGGGUAUGAUGGUGAAAUGCAUUACUCAAGGGAAUCCGAUUCCAGAAAUAAAAUGGACCUCGUCAUCUGGACCGCUACAACACUUUCCAGAGAAAAAUGGCCACAUAGUCUCCAGUUCAGUUCCGUUCUUUGGCCAAGACGUAUAUACUUGCCAAGCCGUGAACUCACUGGGCCAGGAUCAGAAAAAAUUUCCACCAGACCAAUGUCAAUGUAAAAACUGUUUUGGUCUUUUGGUGAUCACUGGCAUUCUGUGUAGUUUGCUGUUGCUUGGGAUUGUAGCGUUCGUUUUGUUUGUGGUGAAAAGCAGUAAGUAGUCUCCAUUUUUUUGUGCUUUUUGUAAUUAAAAAAAAUGUAUGUGUGCAAAUUCUGAUAUGUGUGGCUAUAUGUGUUAUUUUUUGCUAAAAAGGACAAAGUGCACAGAGAGUCAUGUUACAGUAAGAUCGCACAUAAUUUAUUUAAACUGGCAAUAAUAGUGCAUCUUUAUAAAGUAUUUGAAUGCAACUUAACAAGCUGACUGUUUUCAUUUUCAGAGGUAUGGGCGUGACGAGGGUUAAAACCUCUAUAUAUCAAACUAAUGAGACAAUUUAUGCCAAUAUCAGCACUUGUCCCGUUGGUGAAACUGGACAAGUUGAUGUGUACUCUACAGAGGCACUGAGAGAGAGGGCAGAUGUUCAAAUGACUCCCAGGGCCCCAAAAAUACGGCCCCCAGAACCCCCACCAGACAUCAACAAAAGUGAAAGUUGAUCCAGCAGAAAGUUAUGACCGGCUGCUGGUGAAAUUGCGCGACAACACUAUCACGUGGUAUCUGUUUCUUUUCUAGGCGCUGAUCCAGAUGGACCAAUCAUAUUUGUUUUUGAUUGCUAUACGAUAAUCAUUAUAUAUGAGAUUUGUGUAUUUUUUUUGUACUAUUUUACAUAUGUGUCAUUAUAGGUCAUAUGUUUGUCACCAAUAUUAUAUCUUGGCAUGUAAAUGUUUUUAAAAAGUUUUGAAUGCAGCUUGUUUGUGG